UGUCCUCCAAUUUCACCUGAGCUUCCUUGUUCCAAACUACCGCGAUGAAGGGAGUAAGUCUAUUUGUCCUGCUUUCCAGUUUGUGGAGAGGGGGCACUAUGGAGUUUAUUGGAGUUAACAGCACUAUGCCUUCUUGGACUACAACUAAGGAUGAAAAUUCCCAGAAGGUUAUGACCUCUGUUUCAGUUCUUCGAAAUAAAACACAAAGUCUCCAGAUGCUCCCAACCACACAGAACAUAUCUGCUAAGAUAGUUACAAUUCCUGAGGCAAGAACUUCAGAAGAAAGUCUGCUAAAAUCAACGAUGCUUCUCCCAGAAACAAGUGCGCCACCUCAAGGUGUGAGAAACCAAACUCUCGCACCUACAGAGAAAGCAGAAGAAGUGGUGAUGAAGUCACAAAGUCUUGCCUUCCCAACCAGAUCUAGCCUGAAGUUUAGUCCUGGGGCAGAGUCAGUGGUCCUUUCCAACUCUACGCUGAAAUUUCUUCAGAGUUUUGCCAGAAAGUCGAAUCAACAAGGUAGCUCUCUAAACUCAGUUGGUGGUAUAGAAAAUCAGACCCCACGGGAAACAUACCUCAGCAGAGGUGACAGCAGUAGAAAACAAGGAAUCAACUACCAAAAAUCAAGUUUUGAAACAACUAGAGAAAAGAAUUGGUGUGCUUAUGUGCAUACCAGGUUAUCUCCCACAGUGAUACUGGACAACCAGGUCACUUAUCUUCCAGGUGGGAGAGGACCCUGUGGCUGGUCCAGUGGAUCCUGUCCUCAAAGAUCUCAGAAGAUGUCAAAUCCUGUCUAUAGGAUGCAACAUAAAAUCGUUACCUCACUGGAGUGGAGGUGCUGUCCUGGAUUUAGUGGAGCAAAAUGUCAGCUAAAAGCCCAGGAACAGCAGCAACUGAUACACAGCAGCCAGGCUGAGAGUCACACAGCUGUUGGCAAGGGGAUAGCCAAGCAGCAGCAGCAACAGCAGCAGCGAGACUGUGAAGACCCAGCAGUGAUGCAAAAAAUGACUGACCAGAUGAACCACCAGGCUAUGAAAUUGACUCUCCUACAGAAGAAGGUUGACAAUAUUUCUUUGGCUGUCAAUGAUGUAAAGAACACAUACUCCUCCCUAGAAGGGAAAAUCAAUGAAGAGAAAGGCAGGGAAUUUCAAUCUUUUCUAAAAGCUCUGAAAUCUAAAAGCAUUAACAGUCUGAUAAAAGAUAUAGUAAGAGAACAAUUAAAAAUUUUUCAAAAUGACAUGCAAGAGACGAUAGCCCAGCUAUUCAAGACCUUAUCAAGUCUCUCAGAGGACCUUGAAAAUACUAAGCAAAUAAUUCAACAAGUUAAUGAGUCUGUGAUUUUAACAGCAGUCCAGCAAAAGUCCAUUUUAACGCAAGAAAAUAGACCCAUUUUGACUGAUAUCCUAGAUCUAAAGAAUCACAUUGCGAAUAUAAGGCAAGAAAUGAUUUUCACAUGUGAGAAGCCCAUUAAAGAACUAGAAGCAAAGCAGAUGCAUUUAGAAGGUGCUCUAGAACAAGAACACUCAAGGAGCAUUCUGUAUUAUGACACCUUCAACCAGACUCUUUCUAAAAUGAAGGAAGUACAUGAGCAGGUUUUAUCAGUUGAAGAAGCAUCAGAUCAGAAGAAUGUUCUACCUGCGAAGUCAGUUAGCAAUAAUGUUACUGCGUACAUGUCUACUGUACAUGAAACCAUAAAGAAGCAGGGUUUGAUGAUGCUGCAAAUGUUUGAUGAUUUGCUCAUUCAAGACAGCAAAAUUAACAAUCUCACCAUGACUUUGGAGAUGGAGAAAGCAUCUGUUAGGGAUGAAUGCAAAGACAUGUUUUCCAAGUGCAGAAAUGAUUUUAAAUUUCAAAUUAAGGACACAGAAGAGAAUUUGCAUAGUUUAAACCAAACAUUGGCUGAGGUUCUCUUUCCAAUGAACAAUAAGAUGGAUAAAAUGAGUGAGCAACUACGUGAUUUGAUUUAUGAUAUGGAGAUACUUCAGCCCUUGCUUGAGCAGAGAACAUCACUGAGGCAGACAGUGGCAUAUGAACAACCAAAGGAAGCAAUAGCUACAAGGGAAACAGUGGAAAAUCUGGCUAGUGCUGUCAACAGCCUAAAUUUUAUUAUCAAAGAACUUGCAAAAAGACAUAACUCACUUAGAAAUGAAGUACAGAGUCGUGGUGAUGCUUUAGAAAGACGAGUCAAUGAAUAUGCCUUAGAAAUGGAAGAUGGCCUAAAUAAGACAAUGACCAUUAUAAAUAAUGCCAUUGAUUUUAUUCAAGAUAACUAUGUGCUAAAAGAGACUUUAAGUAGUAUAAAGCAAAAACUUGACGCCCAUAGUGAAUGUUCCCGAAAGAUGGAAGCUAUUUUGACCUUUAUUCCUCAAUUUCAACGUUUGAAUGAUUCUAUUCAGAUUUUGGUCAAUGAUAAUCAGAGAUAUAACUUUGUUUUGCAAGUAGCUAAGGCCCUUGCAGAUAUUCCUAAAGAUGAGAAACUAAGUCAGUCCAACUUUCAAAAGACUUACCAAAUGUUAAAUGAGACCAUUUCCCAAAUGACAAAAUACCAGAAAAAUAUGAGUCAUUUGGAGGAAAAAAUACUCUCAGCCACAAAGAUUUCCAAAAAUUAUGAAACUCGGUUACAAGAAAUUGAGUCCAAAGUAACCCAGACCCUCAUUCCUUAUUAUAUAUCACUAAAAAAGGGAAAUGUAGCUACAAAUGAGAGAGAUCAGACUCUUCAGUUGCAGGUAUUAAAUUCCAGAUUUAAGGCAUUGGAAGCAAAAUCUAUCCGUCUUUCAAUUAACUUCUCUUUGUUUAACAAAACUCUGUAUGAAACUUUAGCUAUGUGUCAUGAUGCCUCUACAAGCAUAUCAGGACUGAAUGCUACGAUACCUCAUUGGAUUAAAGGUUUCCUGCCGGAUACUCAGCUUCUACAGAAAGGUCUGACAGAAUUUGUGGAAUCAGUAAUUGAAAUAAAAACUCAAGCUGUCCUAUCUAAUUUAACUUGGUAUAUAGAUCAAUCGUUAUCUGGCAAUCUUGCAAAUGUUGUCAAGUCUCAGAAGCAAGUAAAGCAGUUGCUGAAGAAACCUAAUACACUUAAGAAACCAACAGUGAAUCUCACCACUGUCCUGAUAGGCCGGACACAAAGAAACACAGACAACGUUAUGUUUCCUGCAGAGGAGUAUUCAGGCUGCAGUAAGUCCCCAUGCCAGAACGGGGGCACGUGUAUCAAUGGAAGAACUAGCUUUACCUGUGCUUGUCGACAUCCUUUUGCUGGUAACAACUGUACUGUAAAGCUAGUGGAAGAAAAUGCUUUAGCUCCAGAUUUUUCCAAAGGAUCUUAUAGAUAUGCACCGAUGGUGGCAUUUUUUGCAUCUCAUACAUAUGGAAUGACUACACCUGGUCCCAUCCUAUUUAACAAUUUGGAUGUCAAUUAUGGAGCUUCAUAUACUCCAAGAACAGGAAAAUUCAGAAUCCCCUAUCUUGGGGUAUAUGUUUUCAAGUAUACCAUUGAGUCAUUUAGUGCUCAUAUCUCUGGAUUUUUAGUGGUUGAUGGAAGAGACAAGCUGGCAUUUGAGUCUGAAAAUAUUAACAGUGUGAUACACUGUGAUAGGGUUUUGACAGGGGAUGCCUUAUUAGAAUUAAAUUACGGGCAGGAAGUGUGGUUGCGACUUGUAAAAGGAACAAUUCCUGCCAAAUUUCCACCUGUUACUACAUUUAGUGGUUACUUGUUAUACCGUACAUAAGUUAGUAGGAAAUGCAGAAACCUCUACUGAGAAACUGCAGUGUUUUUAUUUAUCUUUGUAUGCACGUCUGCUCUGUUUUUCGUUUUUUGCUACAUGAAAUGAAAGCCAACUUAAAAAAAAUCUGAGUAAAGCUGUAAGUUCAUGUGUUUCAUAAAAUUAUUUGAAUACCUUUUGGAUAGCCCAUAUAUAUUGGAGUUCUUGCUCCUAAAGAGAUUUGGUGGUACAAAACAAAGUGCAUUUAUUGGUAUAACUAUCCUAUUUUAGUUUUGUCACAUUAAGUCAUUUCAAUGUAAAGAAGUCUAAUAAAAUGGAAAUCACCCAAUAUUGUCAGUUACAGUAGUCUUUCCAAUAAAACACUUAAUUUUGUUA